AUGUAUUUCAAUUACAAGGGCACAUAUUCCAUCGUCCUCCUUGCCAUAGUCGAUAGUGACUACAAGUUUUUGGUCGUGGAUAUUGGCGCCUAUGGCAAGCAGAGCGAUGGAGGAGUCCUCCACCAGUCGCAGUUUGGGCAGCGCUUGGAGCAAGGCCAGUUGCAGCUGCCGAGAAGCUUGGCCUUGCCAAACACCAUGCAGCAAGCUCCGUGUGUGUUUGUCGGGGACGAGGCUUUCCAGCUCCGGCCAGACUUCCUGAGGCCAUACCCUGGACGAGAGCUCGAAGACAGGAAACGGAUCUUCAACUACCGCCUGAGCAGAGCAAGGAGGUGCGCAGAGAACGCCUUCGGUAUCCUCGUGACACGCUGGAGGAUUCUUGAAAGGGCAAUGGGGGAAGAUCCCAAGAAUGCUGAAGAGGUCGUCAAAGCCCUUUGUGUGCUGCACAAUUUCCUGAUGCACAGGCGCACAGAGGGUGAUGAUGCGUACUGUGGUCCUGCAUAUGCCGAUUCUGUCAAUGGAUUCGGGCACCAACGGUCUGGCCAGUGGCGUGAGCAGCUCGCACAGCCACCGUUGCCAGUGGCUCGCACCCAGGCACGUAAUUUUGCCCAAGCAGCUCGGCAUGUGAGAGAAACAUAUGCCAACUACUUCAGCAGUACUGCAGAAAGUGUGUCCUGGCAGGAUGCAGUACUGAGGUAGCAUGUGGCUUUAUUUGCAUGUAUUGAGAAGGCAUACUGUAGGAGGCUUUAAUGUUUUCAUGUGUGUUAUGCAUUUUCAUGCCUGGCAAGAUCAAAAGUCAGGAGACUUUUCAUU